GGGUUAAGGGUUGAUUUAUCCGGGAGAGGCUCCGGCAGGUAGCAUGUCCUCCCCCUCCAAAGAACAGAGAAACGCACGUAUAGUGAUGACUACCCUGCUGCUCACCGAGCAAAUAACACGGGAAGAUCACGGCUCAGAGGGCAACUACGUCCUUUACGGAUCCUCGUGUUCCCAAAUCACUGAGGAAGCUGAAUACAUGAAAAAGCUUCCUCAAGUCCCGGGCACUCAAGCGGAGUCAAAGAGCAGCGGCUGGAGCUGGAGCUGCAGUCCCGUUGCGACGACGAUGAAGGAAACCGAAGAGCAGUUGCUGCUGGUGCAGAGGGAAAACCAAGUCCUGAAGAUCAAGCUGGAAGCCACGAGAGAAGCUGGGGCACAGGCUCUCAGAUCUGCCUCCCAGAAACUGUACGAGAAUUACCAGGCUCGGUCAGAAGAACUGAAAAAAAGCCACGAGCACGAGAAGCAGCAAAUACAGGCCUCCAAACUCCACGAAGAAGAAAAGCUCCAGCAAAGCUCCGAAAACGCCAGCCUCCUUGCCGAAGGCGUCCGGGAGAAAUGUGCCCGCAUCGCAGAGCUGGAGAACCGCGUGCAAAGGAUGGAGGAGGAAAAGAAAAUUCUGAUAGAGAAGAAAACGUCAUUUGAAAAGAUGCUUCAACAGAUGGUGUCAAGGAAUGAAGACAGCAACCGGUGCCUGGCUCUCCGGGAGCGGAUCGCCGCUCUCCGGGAGCAGAUCAACCACCUGCAGCGCGUGAUCCGGGCGCAGCACCACGGCCUGCGCGGCGUGAUCGGGGAGGCAGAGGAACUGAACAAUGAACUCAGAAGCCAAGAUAAAAAAAUAGAAAACCUGACAGAGAAGCUGACUGCCCUGGAAGCACAGAAUAAAGAACUGAAAGACAGAGUGGAGUUCUGGUCUGGUCAGCCCAAGGCUAAAGUUUCAAAAGCUGUCUGGACAGACCAGGAGGACUUGCCCCGCGUCUCGCAACCCGCGACCUCCCCCCCCCCCCCCGACGGCCUCUUCCUCACCGCCGAGCCCCUCCGGCGCGCCGCUGCCUCUCCGCCGUGCAGCGCUCGGGAGAAACCUGGAAACAAAGCGAGAGCUGAGGAGAAGCCACCCGUGAGCUCACGAGCGCCGGUUUUUGGGGUGGGUUUUGCACCCCCACACCAGCUCGACCCCCGCCGCGGCGCGGGCAGGGCAGCAAGCAGCCCCCUGCUUGCACCAAGGGGCUCCCGCCUACCCAGGCGGCAGCAGAGUACCUCGGUUUAACCGUGAUUUUCGUUUAUAAAAUAAACUUUUGGCUCCCCUGGGGUCGCCGCUUUGGGAACCUGAGAACAGCCCGGGGGGCUGGUCUGUCUCCUCGAUCCCUCAGACACAGACAGAGCAUCCUCGGGGGCGGCGGCGGGGAGGAAAGAAAUCGAAUAAAAUUCAACACCUUGAUCCUUAAA